CUAACACCUGCAUUGGAACACCUGGAUUUAAUGAAAGAAAUGAGUCGCGUACAGCUAUCUCGAGUGGUUUCUAGUUAAUAAUUCUGUUUAAACGUAAUUUCAGACAGGGAUUGCGAUUUAUUUAUCGCCAGUUUGCGAUCAUGUCGUUUUUCAAAGAAUUAAUAAAUCGAAAAUUUACUGUGUAUUGGUAUCGAUAUCGAUAUUAGUAUUGGUAUUGGUAUUUGCAUAGACACUGCUAUUGGGUAUGACUGUUAGUAGUGGCAUGACUAUUAAUAAUAUUAAUAUUAACCACCAAUAUGUGGUAAAAAUUAAAAAUAGUAAAAGUAGUAGUAAUAACAAUAGAAAUAGAAAUAGUAAAUUUGAACAAGAUAGUAGUAAUCUCUUGAUAAAGAUAACAAACAAAAAUUGGAAAUAGAAGAUUAAAACUAAUAAACUAUUUGUCACCUUAAAACACCUGCAUGGAAUCAAGUUUAUCUUGAUCAAAUUCGAGCCUGAAUUUCUUCUAUUAAUUUCCCACUUUACGCAUAAUCAGGGAUUUCCAAUAAAACAUUAAUUAAUUUGAUACGGAAUGGGUUCACGGAGUCAGGUGUUGCACUAUCAAUAAUUUCCUAAAUGCCACCUGCAGUAAUCGAGAUUAUCAAACAGAAAUAGAGCUUUUUAAUUGACGAUGCGUAAACACAAGUUUUCACUAGAUGCUUUUUAUCUAUCAUCCAGCUGGUCAGACUUUGAAUGAUCAGGUGUGCAUCUGAAGUGUUUCAAAAUAUUAAUUACGAUAACUUGUUUUUGAUACCGACCACUCGAUUAGAUAAUAUUGUCGAAUAAAUAGACUAGCCAGGGUUCGAGGAGUCACAGUUGUUUGAAUACGAAACAAGCAGCACUAUAAACACCACUACAAUGGCUCUCAUCAACUACGCAUACAUCCUGGUUGUAUUCCUGGUCGCCGACUCCAUGCAGUCGAGCUUCUUACCAUGCGCUGGCAAACCCGCACCCCUGAGCGUCAGCAUUACCGGAUGCACUUCUCUUCCUUGCAACUUCAAGAGGGGUACCGAUGUUGAAGCGCGCGUCACCUUCAAAGCCGCUCAGAACAGCAAGACCCUGAAACCCGACGUAGAUGUUGAGCUGGGCAAAAUCCACCAGAAAUACCCAUUGCCCCAACAAAACGCCUGUCGGGAUCUCGACAAGUCUGAAUGCCCAUUGAACAAGGGAGAUACGGUCACCUACAAACUGAAAAUGCCUAUUGAGAAAUUCUACCCAAAGGUUUCUCUGACCAUCCAAUUAAAUUUGAUUGGCGAACACUCCGAAUCGCAAGCGUGCAUCAGGAUCCCAUCCAAGAUUGUCGACUAGGCUGUACGAAGAACUAACUAUUUUAUAAAUUAUUACACUAUGCAUUAAACUUAAUUUAAUCGUUAAAUUCGUGUUUCUUUUUAUAUGCAUGCCUUCUUCGAUUUAAUUAUUUUAAUUAAUAUUUUUUAAUGACAAAACAGUCGCGAAAAAGAUUGACAAUUAGUUAGGGUAACAUAUACAAUUGUUCACCCUUUUUCUAAGAGAAUAAUAAAUAUAAUAUAGUGUGUGUACCCUACGCUAUGAAAAUUGGGAAAUUUUAAUAUUUGCUUGAUAUCUUAAGGUAUAACGGAUGAAUUUCGAUGGAGCAAAGUAUGAACGAUCUUACGUCAAAAUUACGUGCUACAUAUGUACGAAUGUUUGCUGGAGAAAGGGACGAGAUGAAAAUCCAGGGGGUUCGGGCGUAUGCCUGACCCACAUCCCUGCACAACGAUCGACCCGGUCGCAUCGCUCCGAAAGAUAUCUAGCGACACCUUCGAACUCGCUCCUAACGCGAACAAUAAUAACUUUAUGGUAUGAAUAAAUAAUCCUGGGUGACCAAAGAUUCUAUUCAAGCUUCCACGUUUAAACCGUGCCUCGAUACUUUUAUAGCGGCGAGAUUCGUACAAACUUACGACCUUUGUAAUUUUAUAAAUUUAACUUAAUGAUAAAAUAGUAUUUCAGUGGUAUAAUUUACAUCUGCUGAUGAAUAAUGAAGUGAAACGCUAUUUCAAAAUUACCUAACCGAACGCUAAUUUUCGAAUUAUAAUUACUAUUUAAUUAAUUAAUUAAAAACAGCAGAAUAAAAUUACACCUAUCAGUGUGCACAUUGGAUUUAAUGAAUAUUUAUUGAGCAUUUAUAAUUACAGCCGACAAUUUCAUCAGAAAUUUUGAUCCCCUGAUUAGCCUAAUUAUUAUCCCCCUUAGCUUGUGAAAAAGAGUUCAAGUAUUAAUAGCAAGCAAGAGACCUUAAUUUUCCUGGGCUUGCCCAGGGAAAAUGGCUGCAUCCUUCUCCCUGGGCAUUCCUGGGGAAAAUCACGGAGGAGCCAAUAGGGCCUCAUAUUUACGCGGAAAAAUUUGAAUUGGUAUUUACUUUGUUACUCGUACUUUGCAGUUACAUACUAAAUUUCAUAAUACAUAAUAAUAACAAAUGUACAGGGUAUUUCAAAUUAGCUGGUCCGAACAUAAAAUAAGAUUCAAUAUAAGGUCAUUGAUCGUCAUCUUACUUGAAAUACCCUAUAUACAGGGUGAUUCUAUCGCUGCUGGACACAAAGGAACUGGCGACAAUGAACCCCUUAACCGCACCAUGAAGACACACAGAAUCGUCUCGGCCCGGAUAGGUCCCCGCUGGCACGUGACAUGGUGCGGUCAAGGGGUUCAUUGUCGCCAGUGUUCCUUUGUGUCCAGCAGCGAGAGAAUCACCCUGUAUAUAGCGGGUGAAACGUUUUCAUCGUCAAUUUCAAAAAGUUCCAUUCAUACAGUUAAGUGGGGGUCGUCAAUCCGAUCGAAUUAGUUGAUUGACCGUACCCAGAGGUACACAAGCUCGCAGUUCAUUCUUCUGCGAGGAGUGUGUACCUUGGCUGAAUCGUUUACAAAUUUGUCAGCUUGACCGAUUGGCCAUCGUAUGUCCUUGACAUUAUUCCGUCUGUAUGACGUCCGGAAGAAUGGAUAAAAUAGACACGACCCACGCGUGUAUGUACAAUCCGGUAGAAAGUGGAAUGGGUGGAAAGUUCUAUAGUUGUUUCCGUUUUGUAGCCAUCGCUGGUUCCGGUGUGAGCAUAUGGAGCGGGGACGAGCACCAAAUGGAUUUGCCGACCCACGUAAGGCUACACGGGGCUCGCAUUUUUCUUCGUGUAUAUCCCUUUUUCUCCUCCCUGUCCCGACAACAGCUCAGUCUUUUCCACUUUUCUUUUUUAUGGCACGCGUAUGUAAUACCGAUUCUAGGCAAAGUCCCGGUGCCAAUAAUGAUUCCGGUGUUGGGCGUGCCUCGCAUGUAAAUCGGACCGAAAAUAAACAGUUCGUCGAGGAUGUCACAUACAGGCCAUUUCAAAGCAUCAUCUCCAUUUAA